CCGCACAUGUUAGCUUUGUUGGUGGCUCUUGCCUCCAUCUUACUACACUCUCUCCAGAAAUUCAGGUGCGCUGACCUAAUUCAAGUUCUAUUGGAGUUUCGAUACUCGGUGGUGCUCUUCAAAUUUUCUCGGUCGUGCAGAUAUUUGUGCUGGGACCACGCCUCAUUCUUAGCGUUCGAGAAUACCAUGCCAAACUCGUGGCAUACUCCGACGCAGAAACUAGCAUGA